AUUGAAAUAAACAACAAUGAAAAUUAUAAUGAAACAAUUAUGCAUAUUCAUUGUUUUAUUAAGUAUAAAUGAAGUAACAUUUGGAAAUGAAGAGAAUAUAUACCCUGAACAUUCGAAAAGACCACAAUGUCAUCUCUUAUGCGGAAUUUGUAGACGUAUAGGAAGAUUGAUUAAAAUGUCCAUUGAACAUGAACCAUUCCUUCCAUUCACUUCAAGAAUAAUAUCCCUGAUAUGUAGACUAAUUCCUGAAGAACAGUGGAGAAAUGAAUGUUUAGACAUUACACACUAUUUACCGAGGACAAUCCAUAAAUUGGCUCAUCAUAUAAAUGUUUCCUUUGAAUGUUCUAAACUAGGUUUCUGUCACCAUGAACAUACAAUGUUAGAAGAUUCUGAAAUUUCAUCAUGUAUUAAUGAUCAUAUAAAUUAUGGCUUGUCUUUAGCCAAAUCACCAGAAUAUGAAGAGAUAAUCAUAAAGAAGAUAUGUAAACAACAUGCAGCUGAUAAACACAAAGCCGCUAAACAUUUCAAUUUCGAUUGAUAAUACAUACUACUUAUAUCUAUUGACAUCAGUAGCAUAUAUCACAAUAUCAUUUCAAACUGAUAUAAAUGAUGCUAUAAUAUCAAAUAAUACAAACAAUUGAUUGUUACUAUUUUAAAUAUUUACCAACUCUCUAAUAUAAGUUUUUUCAUUGAGAUCAUCAACCGAAUGAUCUUAGACCAUCGUGGAAAACCUGGAAGCAGUGAAUGGCUGUUUCGUCCUAUUAUUAAUAUAUCCUUUUUUUACAAAUUCGAUAUUUCAAUUUCUAUCUAACUAAAUACCUCAUUUGAUUGUUGUUUUAGUGUUUGGAAACCAUAGAAACAAUAAUGACAUUUCUACUUGAAAUGACCGCUUAAAUUUACAUAAUGAAUUAUGAAUUUGGAACUUGUUUAAUAAAUAAUACAAUAAAAUAAUAAUAUUAAUUGAA